AUGGCUAAAGUAAAUUCACUCUACUCAUCAUGGCUGACUAGCCUCUUGCUCUUCAUCACAGCACUAGCCCCCCUUUCAGGAGCAGCAUAUGCCUCUACCCCUACUUCAUCUGCCAGUCCACCUUCGUCAACCGGUACAUCUACACCUGACAGCGACUCACUGCGCAUCGUCCAAUACGCAGGUACACUAUACGCGCCUGGUUCAUCCGCCAAAGUCCACGUUGCCGAACUCGUCAACUCCACGCGCCCUGUCCACGUAACUAAUGUCCUCUGGGGCACCUGGACACUAUGGUCCAACAAAACCAUGGUCAUGACCAAGGGUGGAACAAACAUCGACCCUAGCAUUCCAUCCAACGCCUGGGCACUCACCGAAAUGAAAACUGUGCAAAAAGCCGGAGUCGCUGUAUCUAUGUUCAUGCGCGGCGGUUGGGGUAAUUUCAACAAUGAUAGUAACUUCGAUACUUACUACAGCGUCCUGCACGAUACGUUGAAGAAGUACGGUUUCGACGGUAUAGACCUCGAUAUCGAAGAUAACACCGACGGAAACGAACACCCGAUCACCAUAGAGCCCGUGACCAAACUCGUCAAGCGCCUGCGCCAGGACUUCGGACCCGACUUCGUUAUCACACUAGCCCCAGUCUCAACCGCAAUGGCAGGCUCCGGCUCAAACUUAAGUAAAUUCAGCUACAAAGAACUCGAAAAACGCGCCGGCGACGCAAUUUCCUGGUACAAUGUACAAUUCUACUACUUAUCCAACGAGCUCGGGUCGACCGCUAGUGUAGAUUCCGUUAUCAACAAUGGGUGGUCUCCCGAGCGUAUUGUUAUCGGUAUGAUGACGACCCCUGAUUUCCCGCCUUUUAUUGAAUUCUCGAAAGUCGCGAAGACGUUGCAGAAGUUGAAGAAGAAGUACCCCGCUAUUAGGGGAAUUGAUGGCUUUGAUUAUUAUGAUCAGAAACCGGGUGGGUACCCCGCGCCUUGGGAGUGGCCGAGGUGGGCGGUGAGGCAGAUGAAGAGGAGUGGUGAUGGAGGGGCGGCGCCUAGUGCUGGGGUUAGGGGGAUGGUGUUUAAGGCUUAA